AUGGGGAACUGUAAAUCAAAAAAGGAAAAGCCAAAGGAACCAGCUACGUUUUUCGAAUAUGAAAAAAAGCGGGAGGCUGUGCUGGAUGAGCAAAAGAAGCUCAUGUUAAAAAAUUCGCACAGAAGAUUCGGCGAGCAGAAGCAGCCGCUUCCGCCGCAAGCGCAGGCCGCGCCGCCUUCUGUGGCCAGCCCGGUCCAUGCGCCGGCGCCUCAUGUCCGUUCCUAUGAUGAAGAGGCUCUGGAUCGAAUGCGCGAGGAUCUGCGUCACAGAAGUGACCGGUUUCUCUUGAACAACAUACUUCUUUCAAUACAGUUUUUUGAGAACUAUGAAAGGGAAAUGCAUCAAAUCAAAAAUAACCCGAUUAGUGAACGUGAACAUAUGAUUAACGAAGCGAUGGUGCGACAAAAUAAACACGUGUUUUUCGCUGACCGAUUGCAAGAGUGCGUUCAUGAACACGUUAUAUAUAAGGGCAAAGAUAAACAACAGCCGUUACUUGCUCCUCGACUUUUUGUCAUACAUGACAACGUGGAGGCUAGUGAACCAGGAGAUACGUCCGAUUACAGCGCGGUUCUUGAUGCACCGUUCUACAAGUUACAGAUUGAGGACGGAGUAGACCCAGGAUACAUUAAAUUGAAGAAAAUAGAAGUCCUCGAAAGUACUCUACAUAAAGAAAAUGAAGUUAUAAAUAUAAGUAAAGCUGAAUCCGAUGAUAGCAUUUAUACCGAUUCCGCAAAAGAAUCUAAUGCUUCCGAUGAAUUUCCGUAUAGUUCUAGAAAGGACGAGGAGUCAUUUCAAAAAGUUAGACCUGGGAUGGACAUUAAAAUGAUGCCUUCAUCUAUUGAGCCCAAAAUGUCACACAUACAAAACAAUGGAGGCGGUGGUAGGAGAUACAGUGGGCCGAUAAAGCAGUAUAGCCUUCAAGUAGCUAAGAGUGAUAUUUCAAACAUGCGACACCGAAACAUAGAAGAUUGUGUACCCGAGGAAGAUGAUACGUACGAAUCAAAUACAAAUUUCGAAAUGGAUAAUUACUUUCCAAUGUUAUCCAAAACUACAAGCUUAAUGAGUGAAAGAAGGUUGAGUGGACCAACGAUGUACAGAAAAAAACGCCCAAAAUCUGAAAUGCGUUCAGCUGUUUCAGAGGGUAAUCUUACUGAUAACACUGAAACUUCAGGUUACAGGUCAAACUCUAGUAGUAGGCAGGUUGAAUUAAGUGAAAACGAAUCAGACUAUGGAUAUGCUACUAUAACUGAGGCGGCAACGCCUAGGAAAAUAGAACUCAGUUUAAGAUCUAACUACUCGCUUACGUCUGGAGCUUUACCAGAAGAAGCUUGGACAACCGUUGAUGUUAAGGUUUUGGGGGAAGAGACCGAGGAAGAUGAUAACGACGAUGAUGAAAAAGCCCUCGAUCCCGCUAAUUUAUUCGAAAGUGUGUAUUACCUCAACUCUUUGAGAUUUAUGAAAAUUUUUGUUGAUAAUUUUAUAAUGAAUCUGGGAUCUGGAUUAGGGCUUACUUCCAGUGAAAUCCAUUCUGCGUUAACACAAGGGGCUUGCAUUUAUUGUGAUACUACUAGAAAUGGCACCAGGUUUGGCUAUGAAAUAUUUCCUGCUCUUUUUGCCGCCUGGCCGAAUGCAGCUAACCCGUGGAUUAUAAGAGAGAGAAAAGUCAUACGAAAUCCGAGAAAUAAUAAUCUUUACCAAUGGCCUAAUCAAAAUAUGGUCAGCAAAGCUAUAGGAUUUGGAUGUUUAUUGGUACCAAUAGGAUUUAGAAUUAAAAGAGGUCUUAAUCCUAAUCAACCUUUGCAAUGGAAAUUAAUAUUCCCAGCAGUAGAACGUUACCUAGAAAGUUAUUUGGCACACGCUCAGAUCCGAUGCUAUUUGUUUGCUUUGGCGUUGCAUAAGACCUUUAUUGAAAACGAAACCGCUAAAAUUGGUUUGGAUGCGAGUCAUAUUAAGAAUCAUCUGUUUUGGCGAUGUGAAGAUAAUUAUGCAAGGUGGCCAGAAGAUCAACUUGGUACAGUUUUGCUUGAAUUCCUGGAAAGUUUAUACGGCAAUUUAUCAAAAUCAAGAAUGCCAAAUUAUUUUAUAGACAAUUGUAAUGAAAUUAAAAAUAUACCGCAUCCCUUGUUACGUGAGCAACAAAGUAGAUUAGCGAAGAUCAUUGAGGCUCCUGUGUUGCACAUGCUCAGCGCACUAAAUAAAAUAAAAUACACCAAGAGAGAUUUCUACCCUAAAUUUCAAAGCCGAAGACUCUUUCAAAUAUUAACUUGCAAGGAUCCUUUACGUCUGAUCAAUCCAAAUAUACCUAAAGUUGUAACUCCCUCUAAAUAUGAAGAUAGUUCAGAGAGCGAAACUGAAUCUGGCUUUUGGGAGACAAACAAGGCUUACGACAGAGAUUAUAGAUGGCGUAAAGCGGCGCAUAGAAAGACUGAAGAAAAGAAAAAAUCUAAGACGACAACAAAACAACAAAAAGAGGCUUGGAAACAGUACACAAUACCACUGAAAAUGGACCAGAUACGACGACGUCUUGUUCUCGAAUUCUUCAUUCCUCACUUCAUCGCAAUGGCUCGAUCUAGUGAAAAAUUCGAAGCAAUAAGGCAGGCGCUCAUAUAUUUGGAACAGGCUCAAAGACUCAGCAUACUGCUGUCGGAAGAAACAGGAGGUGAUUUCACAGCCAAGGAAUAUCUAAAAAUAAUUAAAGAAAAAUUGAUUGAUUGUCAAAGAAAACUAGUACAGCAAAGCUUUUUACCUCAGAGGUCUGAUAUCAAUCGUAAACGUAAACCACAACCACGACACAAACAACGGCCAAAAUUUGAAGACAUCCAGGAUUCUCCUGUUGAAAGCCCUGGUAUACCAGCAUUUACUUUCGUUGAUGUGCACACUGAAAACUCAAUGCGCGAUCACAUGAAAUUAAAUGAAUUUGUGAAUGGCGAGGAAUCUAAGUUGUAA